AUGUGCCAAGCCGAGCUUCCAUCUGGCGUAACUCUCCGACACCAUUUGUAUCAUCCUUGCUUCUUCUACUUCUUCGACACUUUCGUACUCUUGUAUACGACCUUCGUGGGAGAUAAGAUAGAGUAUACCAUCAAGAUGUCUUACCUUGGCCCUUUUCACAUCCUCAGCUACGGCACCCUCCUCGGAGCCGAAAUCUACCAAUCCUUCAUAGGCGGCACAACAGCCUACAAAGCCCUCCCACGCCCUCAAUUCUCAACUCUCCAAAACAAGCUUUUCCCCAUCUACUUCUCUCUCCAGAGCGCAUUACCGCUCGCCCUUGCCCUAACUUUCCCCGGAAAGUUCGGCACAAGCGAUUUAUCGAGUAUCUAUGGCGUGAUUGCGGAAGAGAAUCGGUAUACGGUUUUAUUGCCGUUGACGUUGAUUUCGGUGUCGGGGUUGGUUAAUAUGUUUUAUUUGACGCCUUUGGUGGGCAAGGUGAUUAAGGAGCGGUUUCAGCAGGAAGCCAUUGACAACAAGAAAGCAUAUGAUGCUCCUCCUCAUUCUGAGAGGAUGACGGAACUCAACAAGAGAUUUGGCAAGUUGCAUGGCAUUUCGAGUUUGUUGAAUAUGGGUGCUUUGAUUGCCACGAUUGCUUAUGGGGUAUACUUGGGUAAUCGUUUGCACUGAGCGAGGACAGCAAGCUGCUGUUCAGCAUUGUGUAAUUGGUUCAUACACGCUGAACAUAGUUCGCCCGAGCUCGCAACUAUGGCAAGUCCGCAGGGGGGUAUCAUAGAGUGCACCGAGUAAAAACACCAGGAUGACUUCCGUUUGGAUACUUCUGAACUCCCAGUGUGAAUAGUUACGAGCUUGGGAAGUUAUAUUCGGUGCUUAUUGACGACUUUGGUAGUAUAUAUUGUAUCGAUACGAUGUUCAACUUUUCAGAGACUUGAAUCAAUUCGAAUCCAACUAAUUGAAGGCAUGGCAGAGCAAUGCCUAGGUAAUAGAAACAGGGGUAUAAAAUCACCUAAAAAGAGCUGUUAUACGUAACCAAGCAAGUGGCGUAACAUGAGACUAAUCAAUCCACCCAAUCUCGUCAUAUAACUUAGAAAAAAAAAAAGGUCUUACUAGGCAAUUGUUACACAGGGUUCCCGACUUGUUACAAUGGUCUUCCUCACGUAACGGACUCAAGACUCGUUGAGCUUUUCAAUGCCCUGGUAGAAUGGAGGCAAAGGCUCCAA